CUUUAAAUCUCCCUUAAUCAGAUCUCAUGGGGCACUUACAAGACAUCUUAUUCGUGAGCCUUGGCUUGGUGGUCCUCGACGAAAUCCGCUUUCCCAAUCGAGAACCGUUGACAGAUGUUCUCGGUGGUUCUGGAGCCUACGCCACACUCGGUGCUCGAUUAUUUCUUCCCCAUCCACUAAGUCGUUCCUUAGGCUGGAUAAUCCAUGUUGGAAAUGACUUUCCAGAACACAUAGAGGACCGUCUAGAAAGCUGGGAUGCGACAUUGACCAUAGAAAGAGAACCAAGCAAACCAUCAACGAGAGGUCUACUCGCGUACGAAGAUACAACAUUUGGACCCAAGGAAUUCAAGUAUACAACGCCUAUCCUUGCAAUUCAAGAUCACGGCUUAGAAAGCUUAUCACUCCUGACGUCGCAAGCAUAUCACUAUCUUGAAGCCCCUCACAGCAUUACGGCCCGUCUCUCGAGUCUGCUUGCUCUUAGGGAAAAUUCAGGGAUACUGGCACGUCCUCUGGUGAUCUGGGAGCCUGCUCCACUUUCAUGUAAACCAGAGAAUCUACAGCUAUGCCUAGAUGCCGCGGCUAUUGUCAACGUAUUUUCUCCAAACCACCUAGAAUUAGCCACACUAUUUGGAGAGCCGCUAUCAACUGCUAUAAACAAGGGUAGGAUCGAGUCGUUGGCGGUGAAUUUCCUGGAUAGCGGUGUGGGCCCAGAUGGACAAGGCAUUGUGAUUGUCCGAGCAGGUGAGCAUGGCUGUGUCAUUAUGGCACGCAAUGUUACCCCUGUAUGGCUGCCCCCAUUUCAUAAAUCUAGACCAGGAGAAGGACAGAAUUCCAAAGUGGUUGAUCCGACUGGAGCUGGUAACGCAUUCCUCGGGGCAUUUGCCGUUGGUUACCUCAAGACAGGGAGUAUCGUUGAGGCGGCUUGUUUGGGCUCCGUUGGAGCAUCAUUUGCGUUGGAGCAGGUGGGAAUGCCAGAGAAAAGCAACAACGGAGAGAAAGAGCUGUGGAAUGGUACCGAUGUUUUUUCAAGAUUGAAUGAGUAUCGAAGAUCUAUUGGACGAACUGGGGAUCAGCCUAAAUACUGUGCGCAUCAGUCAUGAAAACCACGAAAUCAUCUACGGCGGAGGCAUCGUUUCCACCCCCGGGACAAUGUCUGCGUAGCGACAAUUCCAAUCACGAAUUCCAACCACCUUCUCUCAAUUUUCAAAUGCAGCCUUUGAGAUCAUCUCCAUGAUGGAUAAGAAGGCAUCUAC